AUGCCUACCAAAUCGGAUCUCCGAGAAGCCAAUCGAUUGGCAUGGGAGCGAGGCAAAAGCGAUCCGUCGCAGUACAAGAAUCUCGACAGCAACAUUAAAAAGAAUACAGCCUUCAUCAAAAAGUGCAAAGCAUCCCUUGCAGCCGAUUCGACGCAGCAGCUCUUGAAUGAUAUCAAAAAGUUGAGCCUUGAAAAGUAUAUUUCCGAGGUCGUAGGUGGUGUAUUGGAUGGUAUGCUCAAGUGCAAGUCGAGUGCAGACGCGGCAGCAUGUGUCGAGGUCGUUUCCGCCCUUCAUCAACGAUUUCCUGAUACAUUCACCCUCUUAUUGACACAUCACCUUGCGAGAGCCAUGCAACCUCCUUCAAAGCAACAUUUGGCAUCUUUGCCCCAGGAACAACGUGAUAAGGAAGAAUCGACUCGCAUUUCAAGACAACGCACCUAUCUACGCAUCAUUGUUGAAUUGUGGUUGGCGGGUGUGAUCCGUAACGUGCAGGAUGGUGUAUCCUCGUUGGCAUCCACCAAUUUGGAAGGUGUCGAGUCUCAAGGUGAUGGCGUCGCUGGCUUUGUGGGUUCAUCUUCAUCAUCCUCCAAACGUCCCCAAAAGAAAGAAUCUGAAAAACAGCCUAGUGGUCAAGAAAACUUUGUGUACACUAUCUUGAAGGGCUUGUUAUUGACGGAUAUGGAUCAACAUGUCAACCUUCCAUUGGCAGCUUCCUUUUUGAAGAAUUAUGGCCAAGAAGUACUCGGCAUCACUUCUAGAAAGCAGCGUGCUGCUCAACAACAACAAAAAGAGGAGGAUGAGGAAAAUGAAUCAUCACAACAACAACAACAACAGCCUGAAGCAGCAACACCCGUGACAGCAGGAAGCAGUACGACUGAAGGCAGUGAAUACGUGACACCAGAACAACGUGCUGCACUCAAGCGAUUGUUUGUUGACUAUUAUCACAGUGUGGAGAAGCACCUUGUCAAGGAGCACAAACAUAUCAAACGCCUUGACAGCCGCAAUCGUGAGACGUUGUUUACGCGUGGAGAGCUUUCAGAAGAAACCAAGCAGAAUCAUGAAAAGAUGACCAAGGUGUAUGAAAAGUUGUUGAACAAUACGCAAACGUUGGCUGAUGCUUUGGACUUGGAAAUGCCUGAAUUGCCAGAGGAUGAAGGUGUCACACGCGUAUCCAUUGUCAGUGCAGGUUCAGCACAUGCAUUUGCAGAUGCAAAGGAUAUGUUGGCAAGUGGGAUUUGGGAAGAUGAGGAUGCACGCAAGUUUUAUGAGGAUCUUCCGGACCUUCAAGUCCUUGUUCCUGGUGUCUUUUUGGAAUCAAAUCCACCUAAAAAGGCCGAUGAAUCCAAAGAGGAAGAGGAGACUGAACAAAAACAAGUUGACAAUGAGACACCAGCUGCUCCAGAAACGGAGGAAAAGGUCAAUGAGGAACAACAGGAAGCACCAUCUCCACCAGCCCCUCAAACACCAGCCGAUGAUAAUGAUGAGCCGGAUGUGGAUCCUUCCGAGUUGAUGGAAAAUGCCCUAAAGACUGUGGAUGAAGAUGACGAUACCAAUGCUGCACCUGCUAAGCCUACCCAAUUGGCACAACUUGAUGCUUUGCUUGCACGUCUACCCACUCUUGGUAAUCGCGAUUUGAUCGAUGCGGCUGCUGUUGAAUUUUGCUACAUCAAUUCUAAAGCUGCUCGUAAGCGGUUGGUCAAGGCGUUGCUAAGUGUGCCACGACAACGUGUCGAUCUCUUGCCUUACUAUGCUCGCUUUAUUGCCAUCUUGAGCCGCUACUUUACUGAUAUCAGUGACACGGUGCUAGCAGCUCUGGACCAUGAAUUCAAGGGCUUGCAAAGAAAAAAGACACAAGACUUGCUUGAAUCACGUGUUAAGAAUAUCCGGUUUUUGGGCGAGUUGACCAAGUUUCGCGUGACACCAGCACAUACCAUUUUCCACGUGUUCAAGGUUGCCUUGGAUGACUUUACGAAUCAAAACAUUGAUAUCGUUUGCAAUUUGCUCGAGACGUGUGGUCGUUUCUUGUUAAAGUCUGCCGAUACGGGUGUACGCAUGAGCAACAUGUUGGAUGUUGUGAUGCGAAAAAAGAACGUGCAGCAUCUCGACAACCGCCAAGCCUUGAUGAUUGAGAAUGCUUAUUACCAAGCCAAUCCUCCUGAACGAUCCGCCAUUGUGGAAAAGGAGCGUUCACCUAUGGAGUUGUAUAUCCGAAAGUUGAUUUACGGCGAUUUGACAAAGAAAUCUUUGGACAAGAUUCUCAAACAAUUGCGCAAGCUUCAUUGGGAGGAUGCCAGUAUCUUCAAGUUGAUGGUCAAGGUCUUCCAAAAGGUGUGGAAGGUCAAGUACAGCAAUAUCCAUUUGCUUGCCAUUUUGGCCAGUGGUUUGCAUCGAUACCAUUCCGAUUUUGGUGUCCAAGUGGUGGACGGUGUCAUUGAAGAAAUUCGAGCGGGUUUGGAGCAAAACAUCUUCAAGCAUAACCAGCGUCGUAUUGCUGUAGUCAAGUACCUUGGCGAACUUUACAAUUAUCGCAUGAUUGAUUCCCCUUUGAUUUUCGACACCUUGUAUACCAUCAUCACUUUUGGCCAUGAAUUUGGUCGACCUGCUCGGGAACGGUUCUGUUCUAUUGAUGCACCCAAUGACUUUUUCCGCAUUCGCUUGUGUUGCACGCUCCUCGACACUUGUGGCAUGUGCUUUGAUCGCGGUAGCUCGAAGCGUAAAUUAGACAACUUUUUGGUCUUUUUCCAGAUGUAUAUCUUUACCAAGGCCAAACCUCCCAUGGAUGUCGACUUUAUGGUGAGCGAUACCUUUGAAAUGCUUCGGCCUCAAAUGCACAUUCUUGCUUCAUAUGAAGAGGCCAAUGAAGCUGUGGAUCGCAUGUUAUUGGAACAACUCAAAUCCGUGCAAGGCACGGAUGGCAAGGUUCAAGAAGAUGGUUUCGAAAGCGAGUCUGAAUCAACGAGUGAUGAGGCAGAGGAAGAAGAGAACGUGGAUGAGGAAAAGGAAGAGGAUGAGGAAGAGAGUGCUGAUGAGACUGAGAAGAAUGGUGCUAUGGGUGAACCUGAGGAAGAUGUGGUUGUACGCAAGACACAGCAAAUCUCCAAGGAAGAAGAGGAAGAAUUUGAGCGUGAAUUUAGUCGCAUGAUGAGUGAGAGUUUGGAAUCACGCAAGUUUGAAAAGAAGUCUGCCGUAUUGGAUGUGCCAAUUCCUAUGAAUCUACGUGGUGCUCAGGAUCGCCGUACAGCUGCUGCUCAAGAAAAGGAUGUACCACAGGACAAGAUGGCAUUUACAUUGUUGACCAAAAAGGGCAAUCGACAACAAGCACGCACCAUGGAAGUGCCAUCUGAUUCAGUAUUGGCUGUGACAACACGUAGCAAGCAAGAAGCUGAGCGCGAGGAACAACAGCAAUUGAAAAAGUUGGUGCUCAAUUAUGAAGAACGAGAAGAAGCUGCAGCACGUCAAGCGGCAUUGGAAGAACGGCAACGUUUACGUGGCAACUUCAGAGGACGCAAAGUACUUCACAUGGGCGGUGGUGGUGGCCAUGCCUAUACAUCAGGACCAACUAGUGGUAAUCCAAGCACCAACACCAGACGGCGAUAA